GAGGAGAAAGAGAAUCAUCAAAGUCAGCGGAAAAAUAAAUCAAGAAUCAAAUUCAGAGCUCUGGAAGCAGUUUUUGGCGCAGGAAAAUGCAACAGUUCCAAGAUCAGAAGAACAACAAGGAGCCAUUUUUAACUUUAAUCUGUCGCUGUACAGUUUCUUUGUUGUUAGUAUUGCUUACUCAAUUUACACUGUCUCUUGUCCCUCGCUGCUUCUCUACUUCCCCCCUGCUCCUCCAACUCGCUCUUUCAGUUGUGGUUUUGCUGCUAGUUUUGGUGUUUGGGAGAUGGUUUAGGCUGAUUCUUGGAGUCUAUGCAUCAGCUCCAGCUUUCGUCUUCUUCAAUAUUCUCUUCGUUUGGGGCCUUUAUUGGGUUGUCAUUCGACGAGCCAUUCCACAUCUAAUUAGUGCUGUGUUCAGUGGAGAGGUUGUCAUGCUGUUCAUUGGUUUAUGUAGUAUCUUAUCAAGUGAUCCUGGUUUUGUAAGUUAUGGAUCUUCCUAUUCAGAUAAUUGUGAUGAAAUGAAAGCCCUUGAAGUUGAAGCUCGUAACGAGGAUUCUUUCCAGUUGAAGCGGGUUAGAUAUUGUAAGAUCUGCAAGGCAUAUAUAAAGGGUUUUGACCACCAUUGUCCUGCUUUUGGGAACUGUAUAGGACAGAAUAACCAUAUUCUCUUCAUGGUUCUUCUACUUGGAUUUCUCAGUACUGAGGCUUCUUACAUUUUGUGUUCAUUUCAGUUUGCAAGAGAUUCCCAUAUCUUUGACGGAACUAGGUUUGAGAAUGGUCUAGGUGGAAGUUUGGUUAUUAGCACAAUGCUUUUUACCCUUCUCCAAGUACUGUGGCAGGCUGUUUUUAUGGCGUGGCAUAUAUAUUGCAUAUGCUUUAACAUCAGGACUGAUGAGUGGGUUUCAUUAAGAAUAAACUGGAAGAAAUACUCAGAGUUCCAAGUUAUUAUUCAGUCCCAAUCAGGCGGAAGCUUUGCUCAAAUGCAGUUUAUGAAUCCAUACGAUAAAGGUAUUCUUCAAAAUGUAAAGGAGUUUUUUGCAGUUGGAGACUGAUAGCACUUGCACAUGUUUUGCUCUGCAACAUUUCAUGGUAGUUUCACUUUUUUCACUUGUGUGCAUAUCCAAAAUCUUUGUUUUUUGUGACAAAGGGGCCUGUAGUUGGUGAAUGGAAGAUACAUUUCAGCUAAAUUAGUUACCACUGGUACUUUUUUAACUCAGCUAAAAAAGCAUAUUUAUUAAGCUAACCUCCUUCUGUUUAAAUUAAUUAGGUUCAUGUAAAAGGACACCUGUAUAGGAAUAAUAGAGAAUUCUUAGAGGAAUUCUAUUUCUUGACAGCUUGACAUUGUUAAACCAAAAUAGAUAUUUGCUUGGUGUGGAAAAAGAAAAUACUUUUAUGUUUUAAUACCAAUUUAA